AAGAGGUAGGAGGUGUCCCUGGUGGGGAUAAAUAGACCUGAGUGUGCAUCAGAGAACAGCACCCCAGGAGGGAAGCGACCCCAAACACUGGACUCUGCUGUCACAGACACUGACAGCUCUACAGCCAGGAGAAGAGAGAUGAUGGCCAUCCUUGUAGCUCUUGUACUUUUGGUUGCCGGCUUCUGCCCUGCUGCUCUCUGCCAACCAGAGGGCACAUUGGGAAGUAACACUGAAUUUCAGCAAGACAAAAACAACAUGACAAAAGUGGACAGUCUAACACUGGCCUCCAUCAACACUGCCUUCGCCUUCAGCCUCUACAAGGAGUUGGCUUUGGAGAAUCCAGAUAAAAAUAUCGUCUUCUCCCCACUCAGCAUCUCAGUUGCCUUGGCCGUCCUGUCCCUGGGAGCAAGCAACAACACUCUACAAGAGAUUCUAGAAGGUCUCAAGUUCAAUCUCACAGAGACCCCUGAGGCAGACAUCCACCGGGGCUUUGGGCAACUCCUCCACAUGCUCAGCCAGCCAAAUGACCAGGUGCAGAUCAAUAUAGGGAGCACCAUGUUUGUUGAAAAGCGCCUACAGAUCCUGGCAGAGUUCAAGGAGAAGGCAAGGGCGCUGUACCAGGCUGAGGCCUCAAGUGUGGACUUCCAGCAGCCUCAUGAAGUCAAAAACCUCAUCAAUGACUAUGUGAGGAAACAGACCCAUGGGAAGAUCAAGGACCUGAUCUCAGGCCUGGAUAAGAGUACAUUGAUGGUGCUGGUGAAUUACAUCUACUUUAAAGGGAAAUGGAGGAUACCAUUUUACCCUCAGCGAACACGCGAGUCUAACUUCUAUUUGAACAACAAGAGGACAGUGAAGGUGCCCAUGAUGCAUGAUCAGUUUCUGACCAUACCCUACUUCCGGGAUGAGGAGCUGUCCUGCACUGUGGUGGAGCUGAAGUACAGAGGCAAUGCCAGCGCCCUGUUCAUCCUCCCUGAUCAAGGCAAGAUGCAGCAGGUGGAAGCCAGCCUGCAGCCAGAGACCCUGAGAAAGUGGAGGGACUCUCUGAGGCCCAGGAAAAUCGAUGAGCUCUCCCUGCCCAAGUUCUCCAUCUCCACUGCCUACAGCCUGGAGAGAUUACUUCCUCAGCUGGGCAUCAGGGAACUCUUCUCCACACAGGUUGACCUGUCUGGAAUCACAGGAGCCAAGGACCUGAGCGUCUCUCAGGUGGUCCACAAGGCUGUGCUGGACGUGGCUGAGACAGGAACAGAAGCAGCAGCUGCCACGGGAAUGAUGAUGAUGGGAUCGGCUCUAAUUUUAGAACCUCUGGAAGUGCGUUUUGAUAGGCCAUUCCUCAUGAUAAUCUCUGACACAAAUACUCAGACUUCACUCUUUAUGGCCAAAGUCACAAAUCCCAAGGGAAACUAGAACUUCCCAAGUGGUGAUCUUCCCCAAGGGAGCCAGGGAUUAAGCCUGUGUGCUGGUCUCUAUGUGCAUUUUGGCCUCCAUGCUCUGAUUGGCUGAGAUGUGCCUGGAUUGGACAGUGACUGUGAUUAACUGUAUGACUCACACAUGCACAUGGUCCUGUGGACAAACAGUAUUAGGUUCCCAUCCUCUUGGCUGCACUAACUCAUGCUCCUCAGCCUGAACUCUGUCUUUGUAGCCCCUCCCAGAUGCCUCUCCUGUAUGCACCUCUGCCCAAAGCAUGGUCCCUGCCAGGUAGGCUCAGCCCUACCUGUGCUAUGGUUAUAUCUGCCUUCAGCUUCCACAGGCUUCACGGGAUUAUUCAAUAUUUAGGCCCUUUUUGUGAACUUCAGGCCCAGGACUUAGAAGGAAACCUGCUGCCCUCUCUGUGUUUCCAACAUCUGGGACCAGUGUGAGCCCAGUUCCUGCCUCAAACUUUUCCUCACCCAGGCUCUGACAUCCAGUGUUCCUUCAGGGGCUCCUGGGCCUGCCCACAUCUGGCACUGUUGUGGAGAACAUAGUCAUGCUUCUGCAUGGAGUUGAUUGGUCAGCUCAGCUCCUUUCCCCUACUCUACCUACCUGGGGCAGAGGAGCCUUUUCCUAGGUUCCCCACUGGCCAACAUCACACAAUAGAUGGACACCUCUCCUUCCUUACCCAAAAUACAGGGCUUUCACUAAUGCAAUAAACGAAUAACUCACAUAACUGCACAGAAGGUGGCCAGGUUGUGUUCACUCAGCUCUGAUUGGCAGAGGUGUGGCUGUAGUGACAACAGUGUACUACAAAAUGUCACUUACAGUCUCUGACUUCUGUGAUGGCCCACUAACCUACAUGUCAUUAUCAGUUUCUUUUAUGGAGGAGGAAACUGAGGAACAGAGUUUAGUCAUUUUCCCAUGACGUCACAGCUAGACAUUGUGACUGGCAGGAUGUUAUUCCAAGUCUCCUCAUGCCUGAGGAACAGUCUUUUCCAAACCAGGGUUCUGUACCCGAGGCAUCACCAUGGUGGCGGGAAGGUGGAACAUAAAACAGGCUCUGGAUGCUUCAUAGAGAGCACCCAAAUGAGUCUAAGGAUCAUGUGACCUCUGGUGAAGUCAGAGGAGGAUGAGAUAGUGGUCCGAUGACCAAAAAAGUGCUUUUGGAAGGGCACCCUGCAAUGUGGGCAUUUCUAAGAAUCCUGGGUGUAGCAAAAGAAGAAAGUCAACAGAUGGCAAAGAGCCUGGCCCUGUGAGGGUCCUCAAUGACUCAGAACUACAGGGAGCGGUGGAAGGUGAAUCACUGUCCUGUUCUGGGACCCUUGUAACUCCUUCUGGCUAUAAGAUAGCAGGCUGUUCUGGAAAGCUGUAAGGUUGUCAUUGAGGACAGUUACAGGAACCCCUCAAGAGGAGAGUGGGUGUCAGCUCAGUGAUGAGCUGGUUUUGUGCCUAGACAGAGGAUAAGAGGAGAUGAAGGUGCAUUUGGGUUGGGGUGCUUGGUAUCCCUGGAGACUAUGUGAUCCCUGAAACACUGCUUGGGGUCUGCACAGAGAGGGAAAGUUGUACAUUCAAUUUGAGACAUUCUUGACUCUCAAGGUUCGUAAGAACACACAUUGAGCAGGUGGACAUGGGGUUUCAGAGAAUUACAUUCUUGGGGGAUCACACACAGAAUUUCUUUUCCAAGUGAGCACUGAGGUACCAACCCAUGAGGAUCAUGGAGUGAUAAGAAGGAUCCGAUGAAUUGAAAGCAGUGAUGUACCAACAAUUCCUAUAUGUGCAACAGUCAACUAAGGCCCUGAGGUGGCCUACUCAUGCACUCCAUGGGUACUAGCAUGCCUCAGCUGCAUCCCUCCAUCCCUCUGGCUUCAGCUCAGGUAUCUAAGGAGCCUGGUGCUGCGUACAUCUCAUGCUGCCCAUGAGGUGGGUCCUGAACUUGUGAGAGAAAUAUGAGUCCAGCUCUUAAGUGAGUCAGUAAGAUGCCUGAGCCAACAGUUUGCAAUUAACAUUAAGCCUCAAGUGGUUACAUGGGAACUGGCAUGCUGGAGGAAAAACUCCAUUGACAAACUAGUUUCUGGUCUUGGGAUCCUGCACUGUAGGCAGUCAGCAAAGGGGCACAACCGGCAGGUGCUGGUAAGGAUGCAACAGGGCCUUGGUGUGAAAGACAGAGCAAGCGUGGUGGCCAUGGUGAUCUCUGUGGAGUGAGAGAAAAAAGGGCAGAAAAGUGUUGCUUCUGCCUAGGGAAGAAUCCACUGUGAGACACUGCUGUGGUGUUGAAAUGAUUCGUAUAAAAUAGUAAUUGACAACAACGCUACUGAGUCAAUUAAUGGUUUAAGUAAUUUUAUUACUGAUCAGAACAAGAGUGAACUCAUGAUUUCUAAAAGUCUGUAGGUGCCCAAACUCAGGGCCACAGCAAGCAUGCAUAAAUACAAAUAUCAAAGACACCUAAUUUGUAUAGAAAUUAAAUGAAGGUCAGAUUAAUUUGAAAUGUUCCUUCCUGACAGAGCAUAAUAACUAUUUCAAUCAUACCGUGACAAAUACUUUUCUUAAAGCUUUUUAUUUACUGUGGUUUCCUUUACUUACUCUGGUUGAUGCAACUGCACCAUGGAAAUCUCAAAGACUUGUGAAGUCAGAUCUGACUUUUAUAAGGGAACAGAGGGGGCUAAGAACUGUGUGAGCAAACACAAGAUGGAGACAGAUCAUGAGGACUUACCUUAGUCAUUUCAAUGUGAGUCUGUCUGCCCUUACUCUUAGUCCUGGUACUAAGAGGGAGACUGGCCUUUCCGGACAUCUACUAAUACAGAAUAAAUUGUCCCCAAAUGCACAUCUUGAAACAUAAACAUGAAAUAUCCCACAGUGUCAGGGACGCAUGAGGAGCCAGGCUGGGGGGUUCCUCCUCUAGGGCACUCAUGAGUAACACUGUUGGAUGAAGACUUGACAUGUACUCAAAGCUCCAUGUUCAAAUUUACUCUCACGACUAUUUUCUUGUUCCCUUGGGGGCUAUAAACUGAUCCCAGAGUCUUGUGAUUUCUGAGAAGCCCCUACCACUGAGUUAACACUCAGGUCUCUCAUGGCUUUUGAUGGGAAAUGUCUUCGGACCUACUCAAAGUGCGGCUCAUACUUAACUUCUGAGAGGGGAUAAAGAGAGAAAGAAACAGAAAAGAGGAGACUCAGAAGAGGAAGAAGGAGGGGUAAGUAGGAGAGAAGAUGGAAAAGGAAGGGGAAAGGGAAGGAGAGAGGUCAGGUGGGAAAGGCUUGGAGGGACCUGGGAAAGACCUGGCGCAGCCGAGGCUGUACACAGCUGUCGUCCCAGCACUAGCGCGGCUGAGACAGGGAGAGCAGAAGUGACGACAGCCUGGGUAUGUUCCUUCUUUUCCUUGUUGCUGGGUCCUAUACCCAACUGAAGCAAUUUGAAUGGAGAAGGGUUAGUAUCUGCUCUUGAGUUCUUGGCAGGAAGGCAGGGUGGCAGGCCAAGAUUCAAUCUAAGCCUCCAAGGGAGAUCAGCACAUCCCAUCUAAAGACUCAGGAAAUCUUCGUCAAACUCAGCCAGUUAAAACCCUCUAGCUCAUAGUUUUAGUCAAAAGUUAGCCACUGGUCUCCCAAAGCAGUGUCACCAAUAGGAGGGCAAGAAGUCAAAGCCCUGAGCUUUGGAGAUCAUUUCACAUUUUAAGCAUAGCCCUUCCCUACACAGCAAGAGUCUAUAUCCUAAAACAAAACUGGACAAAACCAGUGUGGAGGAGGGGAAGGUGAAUCUGCCUUUUCAUAACCCAAGCCUGUAUCACCUCCGUUUGUGGCCCACAUUCUAUCCAUGAGAGGACAGUGAUAACUGAUGCUCUCACAGAAAAGCCACCACUACAUUGGAGUCUUCUGGGCUCGUUGAUGAAAACCUCAUGGUUGUGCUGCAUGGAACGUUGGCCUUAUACAACUACAUUAUCCUGGCUUAUAGAACUACAUUAUCCUGGCUUGUGACUUAGUCCUCAUAAGUACUGAUUCAUCGUUGAACAUAUGAAGCAAAUAGACCAUUAAUUUUCCAUUGUUAGGGUUCUCCAGAGGACUAAAAGUUAUACCAAUAAUAUAUGAAUAGAAAGAGGAUUUAUUAGGAUGACUUAAAAGCUGUGGACCAAUUAGUACAGAUAUAGCUGUCUACCAAUGGAAGGUCCCAGGAUGCCGUAGGUGUUCAGUCCACAGGUCUAGGUGUCUCACCUGGUCUUCAGUGUAUGCUGGGAUCCCUGAAGAACUUGUCUCUAAUGACAGUGAAGGAAUGGACUGAUAGGGAGUGUGAGAUCAAGCAGGCAAAGAAAGCAAGCUUCCUUCUUCCAUGUCCUUCAUAUAAGAUGUCAGCAGAAAGUGUGGCCCAGAUCAAAGGCGCAUUUGUCCACUUCAAAAAUUCCAGCACCAAUGUCCUCUUCCUAUUUAAAACUAUUAUUUAAGAAAUGGUUCUUGACAGCUGUAGCCUGUUGCUUAAGUUUUACUUAAUUCCAAAUGGAAUCAAGUUGAUAAUCAAUAGUAGCCAUCCCAAGUCCACCCCUUGUCACCUCGACAGAUAUCCUGUCUCCUUGAUGCAUACUUAACUUCUUAUUGAAGGCAAUACUCAGGUUUUAGAUCUGUCUUAUGUGGCUUAACUAUCUCACGUACAAUUGCAAAUACAGUAUAUUUUUAACAUCAAAAUCACACCUAAAAAAAUUUAAAAAUUAAAAAAAAAUAAAAAAAAAUCACACCUAGCAUGAUAUGACUAUCCUUUAUCUGACCAGAAAUGCAUACUUAAUUUUAUAAUAGGUAGUGAUGUCCCUUGAGAGUCAUUCUUUUCAUAUGUCUAACUCAAAUAUUAUAUCCACUGGUACUGUCUGAAUUGAUAUUGCAUUGCAUGAUAAAGAAAUUGAGGAAAGCAAGCACAAGUAUCUGUACAAAUACAUAUUAAACCAAAAGAUAGCAAAAACACUCAUGUCAAUCAUAAUUCUCAUUCCAGAACUGGUCACACAGCCUUUGCAAUGCUCCUCUGUAGCCCACUCUGUAUUUCUUGCACACUUAGAAAGCACCUCACCUGGCCUUUGUUCUGUACUGGAGAAGGGACCCGUGCCUACAUUCCCUGUUGUGAUCCUACCUGGAUUAGGUUGCUGUUGUUUCCCAUGACUCUAAUCUCAGGACAUGGUAACACAAAGACUCCCUAAAGGAUCACAUGACUCUAGACACAAUCUUUCUCCCCUCCACUGUGGAGAAGCAAUCCAAUUCUGCUUGGUUAUCUGGAUCAAUCACUCUAUCUAACACUGUUCCUCCAUUCUUAGAUUGUUGGAUAAAAGCUAUCUGAGCCCUAAAGUGGCCAGGUAAAAGUCAGAAUUUUCAGUUCAGUGGAAUGUUCGUUAUGUCUCCUGGCAGGAAUGAUUCUUCCUAUACAACCACGACUUCUGAGUCAGCAGAGUUAAGGUCAUAGGAAUAGGAUUUUAAAACCUUCAUUUAGAUCACUAGGGUGAUAGUGAGUGGAACCUGCCUUUCCACUAUUAGCUCCUGGACCCACAGGGAGAAACCAUACUACAUAUUGGACAAUGUUUUGAAACAUUUAUUCCCCUCUGGAGAAGGCUGCUCCAGAACUCUGAACUGUUGUUACAUAAUUGGCUCCAUAACUGGGUCUUCAAAAGGCCAUUCUGUCUCUGUGUCCCAUGCAGAUUUAUUUAAUUUAAAUA